AUACAGCGGCGAGGCGGAGUCUGUUCGGAGAAGCAGAGAAGUUUCUCCGUGUUACGUGUGUAGGUAAUUGGCGGAUUGGGGGGGACAACAAUGGACACCCAGAAGGACGUUCAACCCCCAAAGCAGCAGCCAAUGAUAUAUAUCUGUGGAGAAUGUCACACAGAAAAUGAAAUAAAAUCAAGGGAUCCAAUCCGUUGCAGAGAAUGUGGAUACAGAAUAAUGUACAAGAAAAGAACUAAAAGACUGGUGGUUUUUGAUGCUCGAUGAAAGAUGAAAUACAGAGGAAUGUCUUCAUUUGGAUUUGGAUUUGCUAUUAAUGUUGUCAUAUAGCUUUUGAUUAGUGUACUUUAUGAAUACAACUAUAUACACAUGAUUUCAUUUUAAAAACCAUAUUGUAUUUAGGUAUCUAUUAAUAGCUUAUAUAAAGAUAUUUUUGUUCAGUUA